GGAUGCAUGACUUGCUGCAAGAAAUGGGUAGAGAAAUUGUUAGGCAAGAAUCACCCAAAGAACCUGGCGAACGUAGUAGGCUAUGGUUUGAUGAAGAUGUUCGUUAUGUCCUAGAAGAAAAUACGGGAACAAACAAAGUUGAGGGCAUAUUGAUAGAUUUGCCUGAACCAGACUUGAUAUACUUGAGUCCCAAAGCCUUUAAGAAGAUGAAAAGACUCAGGCUACUUAUAAUCCGCAAUGCACAUCUUUCUAAAGAGCCUAAUUUUCUCUCUAAUGAGUUAAGAGUGAUAGAUUGGGUUGAAUAUCCCGGAGAAUAUUUUCCAUCCAAUUUUCGUGGAAAGAACCUUGUGAUUUUAAGAAUGGCUCAUAGUCGCAUCAAGAUAUUGGAGGGAGUUCAGCAAUUCCAAAACUUGACAACUAUGAAUUUCUUUAAGUGUAAAUUCCUUGAACAAAUUCCUGAUGUUUCAAGGAUCCCAAAUUUAGAGUCGUUGAAACUUGUUGAUUGCGAAAAUCUAGUUGAGGUUCAUAAAUCUGUUGGAUUCCUUGAUCAACUUGUUGAGUUGAUCAUUAUAUCUUGCUCUAAUCUUAGAAGAUUUCCGAAAAGGUUCAAGUUGAGAUCUCUAAAAUAUCUCAAAUUUUUUGGUUGUUCAAUGCUCAAGAACUUUCCUGAAAUUGAGUGUCAAAUGGAAUGUUUAGAGGAUAUCUACUGUUAUGAUACUGGUAUAGAAGAACUGCCUUCAUCUGUUGGCUGCCUUGUUGGACUUAAAAAAUUACAUCUAGACAAUUCCCAAAACCUUAUGAAUUUUCCAGAUAGCAUUUAUCAAUUGCAACAUUUAGAGGAACUUUCUUUCCAUGAUUGUUAUAGUUUAAAAGAACUUCCUUCAUCCACUGGGUACUUAGGUAGGAUAAAGGAAUUAAAUCUAUACAGUUGCACAAAUCUUACGAAUUUUUCAGGCCCAAAUUUCUUAAGGGCACUUGGUUGUGGCUCCAUGUUGUACCGUUUAAAUCUAUCAGGGAGUGGUAUUGUUACCCUUCCUCGAUGUAUCGAAAUUUUUGUUGGAUUGAAGGUCCUUUCUUUGAAUGAAUGCAAGCACCUUCGAGAAAUUCUAGGACUUCCACCAAAUAUAGAUAAGGUGAGAGCCAGAGGGUGCGCGUCGCUGGAAAUAUUUUUAGAAGGAAUUAGAAGAUCUCAAUUGUUUAAUACAGAGGACCCACCAGAGCUUGUGGGGGUUGGAACUGAAAUUCCAGCACAACAAUCAUUGAGAGAGCUAGAUUUAUCAGGUAGCGCUAUUGUUAGCCUUCCUACAUGGUUCAACAGAUUUGUCAAAUUGGAGGAGCUUCGGUUGGAAAAUUGCAAGCGACUUCAAAAAAUUCUAGGACUUCCACCAAAUGUAAUAAAAGUGUCUACUUGGAAUUGCUUGUCAUUAGAAGUAUUUUUAGGAGAAGCUAGAAGAUGUCAACUGUUUAAUACAUGUGUCCCACCAGAUCCUUUGCGGGUUGAAAUGGUAUCUUUGGCACUAAAGCCAUUCGAACAGAAGUUUCAACUUGAAUGCUCGUUCAACAAUUUGGAACAUCUAGAUCUAAGCGGUAGCGCUAUUAUUAGCCUUCCUACGUUCAACAUAUUUGUUAGGUUGAGAAGCCUUAACUUGAAAUGUUGCAAGCAACUUCGAGAAGUUCCAGAGCUUCCACGAAAUAUAGAGUAUGUAUAUUUGGGUCGAUGCACUUCAUUGGAAAGACUUCCAUUUAAUAAUAUAUACGAUUUACCAAAGCUUCGCUGGAUUGACUUCUCCGAUUGCUCUGAACAGAUAGGGAAUGCUGUACACAAUCAAUUAUUCAGUGAGGGACAUCCUAAGGUCUAUGGAUUUCAGUGUAUAUAUCCAGGAAAUAGGAUUCCAGAUUGCUUCAGCUAUUGUAAAGAGGUUUCAAAUACUAAUUUUUGUAAAAUAGAUACCAGGCCUCUACAUUUUGAUUAUGAGAAUGCAAGAUUUGCUUUCUUUGCUGUUAUUAGAAAGAUGGAUGGACAAGAUGAAGGUUUUUUUCAGAUUGAUGUUAAAUUCUUGAAUAAUGGUCAAAAAAUCGAACGUGAUUCCUCUACAGUGACAUAUGCGUCAGCCAAGUCAGAUCAUGUAUGGUUAAAUUACAGAGGUUCAUACCAUUCUCAUCUAAAGACGGAUAAUCUUCAAGUUAUAUUUGAAUUAAAGAAUCAAUUCAGGGUUCUUUCAGCAUCAGGGUUCUUUAAAAGUUGUGGAUUCCAUAUAGAAGAUAGAUAUGAAGAGAAAGCGACAAGUUUAAUGGAUGGUGUUCAACUUUCUAAGAGACGCCGUGAUGAUGAUGAUGCUGGCAACAUAGAACCCAAUUGGUACUGACAACAAAAGAGGCAUUCUUCGCUCCAGAAAAUUUUAUAGCUGCUGAGAUCUGAGAAUGUAAAUAAUCUCAAGCAAACUUUAAAAGGUAAGACAUGAAAUGCUUUUCAACGCCCUUGUGGUGGACUCUACCUUCAUUGUAUAAAGCCCAUAAUUACAAGCACCAGCUCAUGUACUCUGACUUUUGCUAAGGAAUUUCAGAUGUCUCGAUAUGCCUCUUGGUGAAUUUAAAUUCAAGAAUCCUUCAGCAUCUGUGUUCUUUAAAAGUUGUGGAUUCCAUAUAUAACAUAAAAUAUGAAGAGAAAGUUAUAGGUUUAAUGGAUGGUGUUCAACUUUCUAAGAGAUGCCGUGAUGAUGAUGAUGGCAACAUAGAAAUCCAAUUGGUAACCACAACAAAAGAGGCAUUCGUCGCUCUAGAAAAAUUUAUAGCUAUUGAGAUCUGAGAAUGAAAUGAUCUGAGAAUGUAAAUAAUCUAAAGCAAACUUUAAAAGGUAAGACAUGAAAUGCUUCUCAACACCCUUGUGGUGGACUCCACCAACAUGGCAAACUCGUCCUUCCUUGUGUCAAUCUCAUAAUCACAGGCACUAGCUUGUGUACUCUAACUUUCGCUAAGGAAUUUCAGAUGCAGAGGAUAUGCCGCCUUCUAAGGAAUUAGAACUUGGGACAGAGUUAUAAUAAGGAUAUAAUGGAUCCUUAGAUCAGUUGGAUGAUCAUUAUAAUCUUCAUGUGGAUGGUUCUCAUACAGAGGUUGCUCGAGGUCUAGGGUAUGCAAUCUGACAAUGGUUCACUGGUCUAUUGCCUGCCUAGCUAUAACCCAUCAGCUUCUGGGACUCUUGUGGGUCAACAACAAUAUUUUCCUUUCUCAGGAUAUGUUCAGCAACAUGUCUCCUGUGGAUCAUAAGCUUUUCUAUUCAUUUUUAGAGGGAAAAUUUUGUUUACUCUGUCUCCUAUGGAUCAGAAGCUGUGCCUUGUUAUUUAUGGAUGCAACACUUGCUGGGGAUGUUCCAUGUGCAAUCACUGCCGGUUUUGUAAAUACACAAUGUGCUUCAGGAUUUGCAUAAUGUGGCAAGAAAGUCAGAUGCUGCAAAUUUCACUUCAAAUUUCAUGUUAGUGGUGUUACUGUCCAUAGCCUUUCAAUUAUUCUUUUUUGUAAAAUGUUAAGGUAAAAUUUUCCUACUGAUUAUAAUUGAAUUUUGUGGCAAGGAACUGACAUGCGAUUCUUAGUUAAAUGUUUAGCAACUCUAAAUCCUUGUUUGACUUAUAGUAGGAGUCGAGGACCAACAUGUAAAAUGAGAGUUAAGCUUCUAUAUAAGGAACAAAGCACAAGGUGAAUUUGUGUGUGCCAAAUGUGAAUAUAUGUGAGCACCAAAGGGAGGAGAAAAAGAGAGAAUUUGAGAGAGUGGGUACAAGGGCUGCUGCAGUGUUUUUUUUUUCUUGGUGGUUUUUGGAGGAGCCAAGAACAAGUGAUUAAAAAAAAAAUGUGCUGCAGAGUGAGAGAAGAAAAUAGAGAUCAGCCGCCAUCUGUUUCAGCAAAAGAAGAGUUUGUACAUCUGUCUUUUGUAUUCUAUUUUGAGAAUAAUCUCUCUUGUGUGAUAGUAAGAUUUGGGUGUAUUGGGGCUUUGGGAUAUGAGUAAUUUUCUCUCUACUAUUUUGUACUCCAUAUUUUGAUAGUGGAUUUUCUCCGAGUCGUCUCCGCCAGUGGAUGUAGGCUAGUUAAGCCAAACCACUUAAAUCUUUCUGUCGUGUGUGAUUGUUUAUCUUUGUUAUUUUGCAUUCUUCUUAAUUUUCGCAUUUCACGAGUCUUGGGAAAUAUGAUUAAUUUCCUAACAUGCUUGUCAUUGGAAGUAUUUUUAGGAGAAGCUAGAAGAUCUCAAUUGUUUAAUACAUGUGUCCCACCAAAUCCUUUGAGGGUUAGAACGGUAUCUUCGGCACUGCAACCAUUGGAAAAAAAGUUUCAACUCGAAUGCCCUUUCAACAGUUUGGAACAACUACAUCUAUGUGAUAGCGCUAUUAUUAGCCUUCCUACAUUGUCGAACAGCUUUGUUCGAUUGGUAUUGCUUAACUUGAAACGUUGCAAGCAACUUCGAGAAGUUUUAGAGCUUCCACAAAAUAUAGAAUAUGUAGAUUUGGGUGGAUGCACGUCAUUGGAAAGACUUCCAUUUAAUAAUAUAUACGAUUUACCAAAGCUUCGCUGGAUUGACUUUUCCGAUUGCCCUGAACAUAUAGGGAAUGUUGUACACAAUCAUCUAUUCAGUGAGGUAUCUCUCUCUCCCUCUCUCUCUCUCUCUCAUAUAUGUUGAUGUUAGUGUGUGUCUUGAUUUGUAGGUUGUAUCACUGAAAAUUUGUCAUAUCCGUGUAACAAAGACAUCCUAAGCUCCAUUACUUUGAGUGUAUAUAUCCGGGAAAUAGGAUUCCAGAUUGCUUCAGCUAUUGUAAAGAGGUUUCAAUUACUCAUUUGUGUGAAAUAAAUACCGGGCCUCUACAUUUGGAUUCAGAGAUUACAACAAUUGCUUUCUUUGCUGUUAUUGGAACGAAGGAUGAUGGACAAGAUGAACAUUUUUUUUCAUAUUAACGUUAGAGUCUUCAAUAUUAAUGAUAACUAACCUAUUCUUGUUCCUUUAUGGAGACAUAUGAGUCAGUCCAGUCAGAUCGUGUAUGGUUAAAUUACAAAGGUUCAUACCAUUCUCUGCAAAAGAUGGAUCAUCUUUGAGUUAAAUUUCAAUUCACGCAUCCUUCAGCGUCGGUGUUCUUUAAAAGUUGUGGAUUCCAUAUAGAACAAAGAUAUGAAGAAAAAGAUGAUGACGAUGGUGAUUGCAAAAUAGAAUCCAAUUGGUAACCACAAUGAAAGUGGCAUUCUUCGCUCCAGAAUAUUUGAUAGCUACUGAGAUCUGAGAAUGUAAAUCAUCUCAAGCAAACUUUAAAAGGUAAGACAUGAAAUGCUUCUCAACACCCUUGUGGUGGACUCUACCAACAUGGCAAACUCAUCCUUCAUUGUGUCAAUCCCAUAAUUACAGCCACCAGCUAAGUAGUUUCAGAUGCAGAGGAUAUGCCUCUUGGUGAAUCGCAAUUACAUCAAUCAAAUCACCUCCAUAACUUAGGACGGUAUUAUAAUAAUGAUUUGCAUAAUGUGGUAGGCUGUUCACAUGCAUGCUGCAAAUUUCAUGUUAGUGAUGGAUAUAAUGGAUCCUUAACUCAGUUGGAUGAUCAUUAUAAUCUUCAUGUGGAUGGUUCUCAUACAGUGGUUGCUCGAGGGUAUGCAAUCUGACAAUGGUUCACUGGUCUAUUGCCUGCCUAGCUAUAACCAAUCUACUUCUGGGACUCUUGUGGGUGCUGAUUGGGCUGGUGGACUUUGAAAAAGACAUGGACUUUUGGCAACUUGACAUGUGGAAUGGUUUCUUCCCAGCUAAGUGGCUUAUUCUUAGGCAUCAAUAGCAAAUAAGUCGACCUAUCCAAGUCAGGGUUCACCUAGAAGCUUUGGGAAUCCUUCUGCAUAUAGGAAUUUUCUGUUGUGAAUUACUUGAAUUCAAGUCAAGACAGUGGUGCCCAGUUGUUUUCUAAUCCCAUCAGAUGUUGGACUUGUGCUUUGCUGACUUGGAGUUUCUAUUCCAAAUUGAUUUUGGAAUUUUGUCACCUUUUGGACUCUUCUUGGUUUCCUUCUCCAUGUCAAUGUUGGAGUCCUUGUUUUCUAACCGAUAUUGAGCUUCUAUAAAAGGGAUCUUAGAGAAAAAUAGCCGUUAGAAAAUCUCGUCAAUUUUUUAUUUUUUUAUUUUGUGUGAGAGUAAGAUUUGGUUAUAUUGGAGUUUUUAAUAGUUUUCUCGUCUUGUUACACUUUUUUGGGAAAUUGGUGUAUUGCGGGGUUUGAGUGGUUUUCUCGUCUUUUUACACUUUUGUUCUCUACUCUAUUUGUUGAUAGUGAAUUUUCUUUUGGUGGCCUCCGCCAAUGGAUGUAAGUUUGGUAAGCUGAACCACUUAAAUCUUAGUGUCGUGUGUGAAUGAUUUUUGCUUUA